CCUUGGCGGGGCGAGGGAGAGCGACUCGUGCUUCGGUGCUCCGCCUGCGAAGGAGAGGUUUCUGUUGCCAUACUGAGCUAGUCCUGGUGGUCCAGGGUCUGCAGAGCAGCAGGCGCAGAGGGAUCGGAAAGGCGAUGCAUUACUAGUGCGCUUUCGCUUUGACAGCCGAGGCGGAAAAGUGAGAGGGCCUGCCAUUGGCCGGGCUAGGUAACCAAACCCUUGCAAAGCAGAAAGCUCCCUGCGGGAGGAGCUCUGCACGCAGAGGAGGAGCCAAGGUAGCCCGUGAGAAGUUGGGACAAGGUCCUCCAGUAGAUAAGAGGCAGAGCCCAGCAGGAAUCCCCUCUGCUUGCGGGUAGGAAGCUUGGGGAGCAGCCUCAUGGAAGAGAAGCAGAUCCUGUGCGUGGGGCUGGUGGUACUGGACAUCAUCAAUGUGGUGGACAAAUACCCAGAGGAAGACACGGAUCGCAGGUGCCUGUCCCAGAGAUGGCAGCGUGGAGGCAACGCAUCCAACUCCUGCACUGUCCUUUCCUUGCUCGGAGCCCGCUGUGCCUUCAUGGGCUCGUUGGCCCCUGGCCAUGUUGCCGAUUUUGUCCUGGAUGACCUCCGCCAGCACUCUGUGGACUUACGAUAUGUGGUCCUUCAGACCGAGGGCUCCAUCCCCACUUCUACGGUCAUCAUCAACGAGGCCAGCGGCAGCCGCACCAUCCUGCACGCCUACAGCUUCCUGGUGGCUGACUUCAGGCAGAGGGGCGUGGAUGUGUCUCAAGUGACUUGGCAGAGCCAGGGAGAUACCCCUUGCUCUUGCUGCAUCGUCAACAACUCCAAUGGCUCCCGUACCAUUAUACUCUACGACACGAACCUGCCAGAUGUGUCUGCUAAGGACUUUGAGAAGGUCGAUCUGACCCGGUUCAAGUGGAUCCACAUUGAGGGCCGGAAUGCAUCGGAACAGGUGAAGAUGCUGCAGCGGAUAGAGGAGCACAACGCCAAGCAGCCUCUGCCACAGAAGGUCCGGGUGUCGGUGGAGGUAGAGAAGCCCCGUGAGGAGCUCUUCCAGUUGUUUAGCUAUGGCGAGGUGGUGUUUGUCAGCAAAGAUGUGGCCAAGCACCUGGGGUUCCAGUCAGCGGCGGAGGCCCUGAGGGGCUUGUACUGUCGAGUGAAGAAAGGGGCUACGCUGGUCUGUGCCUGGGCUGAGGAGGGCGCCGAUGCCCUGGGUCCUGAUGGUCAGCUGCUCCACUCAGAUGCCUUCCCACCACCCCGAGUAGUAGACACUCUUGGGGCUGGAGACACCUUCAAUGCCUCUGUCAUCUUCAGCCUCUCGAAGGGAAACAGCAUGCAAGAGGCCCUGAGAUUCGGGUGCCAGGUGGCUGGCAAGAAGUGUGGCUUGCAAGGGUUUGACGGCAUUGUGUGAGAGGCAGGCGGUACCAGCUCGAUACCACAGAGGCUGGCACCAUUGCCUGCCAUUGCCUUCUCUACUUCAUCCAGCCUGACAGCCAGCUGCCAUUCCCUGGGGGCGGGACAGACUGUGGGACAGACUCUGCCAGUGUCUGCAUCGCUGAAUACUUAUCUCCCCUCUGCAGAUACCUGGAGCAAAUACAUCUUCCCCUGAGCCAGC